AUGGCUGAGGCAAGGAGGGAUGAAGAUCGGACCGAGGAAGACAAUAAAAAAGGAGGUAGGAAUGUGAUUCUGCUGGAAGAGGCAGACAUAUCAGAAGGUAUUAACGCUUGCUCCAAUAGUGUCUAUGGCAGACUCUUUGCUUCCAAAACCUUCUCAGUUGGAACAAUGGGGAAUGCUUUAAAGGCUAUAUGGGGAAAUCCAGAGGGGUUUAGCGUGAGUGACAAAGGGGACAAUUACUUCCAAUUCUUUUUUAAUAAAGAGGUGGAUGUCUUGCGCGUUGAACGUGGUUCUCCAUGGCUAUUCAAGGAUUACGUGCUCCAUGUCAAGAGAUGGAAGGAAGAUCAGAACGAAUCAUUUAAAACCCUCGAAGUUGGACGUAAAUUGGGAGAGAGGCUGAGCACAGUGUUGGAAGUAGGUAAAUUUCAUAUGAGAGACAGAGAAACUAGGAUUGUAAAGGCCAAGAUCAAUAUUGAAACUACCAAGAAAGUGAGGGAUCAGUUAAUUAUUGCAGGACCUAAUAAAAAGGAGGUAGAGGUAGCAUUGCGCUAUGAGAGACUUGGAAAGUUCUGUACCUACUGUGCAAAAUUGGGGCACGAGAUGAAAAACUGCCAUGAUCUGCUGAAGGAUACAGAGAGUGAUAGGGUAAAAGAGGAUGACAUUGACGAAUGGGUUAAAGCCAGUCAAGUGGGAAUACGAAUUAACUCUGAAAGAGAAAGAACAUUCAACAACUCAGCCCAGAAUCAGAAUAAGGCUACUCAACGUAAGAAAAAUCCGGUCUUAAACUGCUUAUUGGAGGAAUUUGCAGGGAUGUCAAUGCAAGAGGAGGAACAAAAUUUGAAACCGUAA